AUGUUUGCACGCAAUACGACACGGGUGUUGAAUCUGACCAAGCCCCGCACCCCAAACGCCGCACUGCGUAUCCGCCCUCAGGCACUGAAGUUCGGUCCUUCGUCUCGAGCUGCAUCCACGCUAUCCUCACAAGCACCUGUGAACGCGCACGCACAGGCAUCUUCGCGUGGGUUGCUGAGUGCAUGCGUAGUUGCGAUAACCUGUGUUGUUUAUGUGAAUGUCUUGGCGACACACCAGGCCGGAGCCCUAUGCGAAGCCUCUGUGAAUGAGGCCGAGGCCUUGUAUGAUAGUGGUAACGGUGACAAGGAGAAG